CACGGCUGCCUUCUCAAAAAAAAAAGCUCUCCGUCUCGAUCCCACGCCGCAGAAACACGCGGUCUCUUUGCCACCGCCUCCUCGCCUCUCGGUCAGUCGCGGCGAAAGUGGGCAUCAGUAGUGGCAACAUUUACACUGUGGUGAAGUUGUGACUCUUCCAGUGAGCUAUAGCUACACGUGUAUUAAUUUAGAGUAAAUUCAUCUCGGGGAAGAGAUCUUUCACCCGCCAUCCAGCAACCGCGUGAUGCAGGGCAUCCCGUCAGACCGUGCCACCAACCUGCGGCUCCCGCGCCAGCGACGCAAGACGUCGGGACACACAGGUGACCCGGCGGACUCAGAGGACCCAGGACCCUCGCACGGGGAUCACAGGGAGGAUCGGGCCCCGCGUCUCCGUCCCCUUGCAGGGGUCCCGAUGGAGCGAGACGAGGACGUGGCACCACCUAAAGACGGGGGGGAGCGCGCCUCCGGCUGGGAGACGACUCGAGGCGCCGAGUCCGAGGACGCGCCCUGGGACAGCUUCCGCGUCCUGGUUCGCCUGCGCCCGGGCGACAAGAGCGACGAGACAAAGCGAUGCGUGAAAGUAGAAGGACAGCAUGGAGUUCAAAUCAACACUGGCCGGGGGAACCAGACGCAGGUGCUGGAGUUUGACGCAGUGCUGGACGAGGACGCCUCGCAGAGGGACGUGUACGAGGCCAUUGCCAAGCCCCUGGUGCGGCGUGUGCUCGACGGGUUCCACGGCUGUGUGGCCACGUACGGCGCCCCGGCCACGGGGAAGACGCACUCACUCUACGGCACGGGGCUCUGCGGCGGCCGCCAGCGUGGGCUGCUUUCACGCGCAGCUGAGGACAUCUUCCAGGGGAUACAACAGUCAAGCCUUGGUUGCACACAUCGGGUCGUCAUUUCCUUCAUUCAGCUGUGGAACGAGCGACUGUACGACCUUCUGGAUCACCAGCAUACAGACAGAAUCCGAAUCCAUGAAACUGACGAGGCAGUGUCGUUGGAGGGGCUCGCCGAGACGGAGGUGACGUCCGUGGAAGGUUUGCUCAAGGCUUUCAGGAAGGGCAUGUCCAAUCGGAGCGCAGGCAUUUCCAAGGGGGAGAUUGGCAGUAGGAGCCACACCAUAUUUUAUAUCACAGUUGUGCAGACUGUGAUCCACACACAACAAUCGCAGGAAGCUACCAUCAUAACAGGAAGGCUGACACUUGUGGAUCUCGCUGGAUCAGGACGGGUGGUGCGGAGAGGAGCGCUCGGCGACUCGGAGCGCGGGAGGAGGCUGUUCCCGACCUCCGGCGAGGACGAUAUCAACGAUGCUAAGAAUGUCAACCGAUCGCUCACUCUGCUCGCCAACGUCAUCUUUGCUCUGACCACCCCGGGCUGCCAACACAUCCCGUACCGAGAAUCCAAGCUCACGCGCAUUCUCCGCGACUGCCUGGGCGGGAGCUGCUGCACGGCGCUGCUGGUGACACUGAGCGCUGGUGCUCAGGCUGCUCACGAGGCGCACGGCGCCCUGCAGCUCGCCGCUCGCGCACGCACCAUCGUGUGCCGCCCCGUCCGCAACGUCAGCGUGCGGGCGUCAGAAGCAGCAGACAAGAGUGACGCAGAAGGGAUAAGCAUCAUCGAACAGGGGCUGAAGAGGCUGUCACCAGCCGGGCAGCACAGCACCAGCUUCCCUCCGAUACACCCGGCUCCAUCUCCACGUCCCUUCGAUCGGACCCGCUCCGCCCAGCCGCCGUCUCUUCUGCCUGACGACUCGGGCAAGGAGCUCCGGGAGCAGCGCGUGACCCUGCCGCAGCUCUCUGAGAGGGCCCCAAAGUCGCCCAAACCCACGGCGUCGGGCGCGGAGGGACGGAGCGGCGGGCUCCCGACCGGCGGCAGGCCGCCCCUCGGCCCCGCCGCGGAGGCGUCCGAAAUCGGCAGGGAGCAGCGGCCGCCGGCCAAACUGGAACGGCUGGCGGCGGCGGCGUCGGCGGAGGCGGCGGAGGGCGCUCAGAUGCCGUCUCAGACCACGCUGGCGAGCGGCCCGUGUUCGAGCUGCCGGCGGGAGCGGCGAAUCCGCGAGGAGUACGACAAGUUCGUCGUGCAGGCGCGGCGCGAGCGGGACGCACUGCAGCGGCGCGUGGCUGAGCUGGAGCAGGAGCUCCGCUCCCGGGACGUGGCUCCGGGGCGCGGGGACUCAGCCGGCGGAGGUGGAGGAGGAGGUGGUGGAGGCGGAGGAGGUGGAGGAGGAGGUGGUGGAGGUGACGACGCCAAGGUGGAGCUCGGCGCGGGCCACGACGUUCCGCGGCGCUCGUGGCUCGCCGGCGAUGGGGAUUGCGCACAGAGCCUCUCCGCCGCGGAGGAGCGAGGCGCGCAGGCGGACGGGCGUGGGGCGGAGGGAAGGGGCCCGAAGGCGGCUGUGAUCGCGCCGGAGCGGGGAGACGCACAAGCGAGGAGAGGCCCGAGCGCGGAGCGGCACCAGGGCUGUGAGGAGAAGGCGCAAGCCGCAGAGAGAGCGAUGGCAGCCGCACAGAAAGAGAGAGACUGGCUGCUGGUGGAGGUGGAGGAGCUGACAUCGCAGCUCCAGCGCGAGAGGAACGUGGAUCCGGGCCCGGCAGCAGCAGCAGCAGCAGGAGGAGGAGGAGGGGGCGAGCGACUUGAGAGGGAGCGACUCUCAGCCGAGCUGGAGGAGCUGCGAGCUCAGCUCGGCAAGGCCCGGGAGCGCGAGCGGCGCAAGCUGGCCACGCUCGAGGGCGAGAAGAAUAGGCUCCUGCAGGAGUUGCAGGACUUGCGGGCUGAGGCCGGCCAGCUCAGAGGUCAGAUGCGACAGCAACAAGUCGACGCCGCACGGGAGAAGGAAAUCCUGCUGGCAGAAAUUGAAAAGCUGAAUGGUCGUCUUCAGAGGCUGGGUGCCGAGGCCGCUCUGCUGAGAGGGACGGUCGAGCGGGUGGAGAGGGCCCCAAACUCGCACCCGUUCAAGCAGCCAUUCCUCGGUCCCGAGCCCAACCUGGGUCAACGAGAUGGGAGUUACAUGGAGGAGGGUGAUUACCUUGAGGAGCUGAGCCGUGCCCGGGAAGCCCUAAGGCAAACUCGGCGAGAGAGGAACCUGCUGCUGGACGUGAUGAGCAUCAUGUACACGCGCCGCUGGUUCGCGCCAGAGGCCACAGUGCACGUGCGCCGCACCCUGCAGCGCUGCGGCGUGCAUUCUGCGCAGCACGACUGAGAGACGCGAUGAAUCGUUGGCACCUGGCCACCGGGCGACUGGGCACCCGCCCGGUGAUGCGGUCCCAAAGUCCAUGACCACGCUCGCGGUUUAACUUAAGAGCUCCUUCUUCAGUGAGCCCAGCUGAGUGUGCGUAAAGACCCCAAGUAUUGUUGAGUGUAGUGUUAUAUUCGGCACAAACGAUGAGAAUGGAGGACUUUUGGAAGCAGAGCUGGGGUCGAUUACAGUUGUAAUUGUAUUUGCUGCUGUGGUUAAGAUAAUUGACCGCGGGUCUGGUGGGAAGUCUGGUAAAUCUCGAGUUGUGGGCACGGGAAUCCAAUGGAUAAAAUCGGUUGGAUGGAUAGAGUAAUAGAGCAGGUUCAGGAGGACACAAGUCUAAUUGCCACAAAUCAUAGUUUAAUGACGACUUUGACGCACUUGUCUUGAGAUGGUUUCUUUGUUAAGGAGCCACGUGCUCACACUCGGACAGGCGGAGACCCUCCACUGCAACAGCCCCGAAUCUCCCGCGCAUCUCCCUUAUAUACGGUCCGAGACCACGCCCCCCAUUCCCGAACCUUCUUGCUGGUUCUAGACCGCUCGCUCUUCCAGCAGACUCCACUGUCCUCUUCCGUCACCUGGCCACGCUCCUAUUCUCGACCAUUCGCGUAGCCACCAGUCCAUUCGUACUGCAGCCUGACUCCCCUGUCAUUACCUCCUGUGGCCACUAGUCCACUCACACCGUAUGUUGACUCUCCUGUCAUUACAAUUGGAUGCAAAAAAUCCGGAUUGGUUAACUUUCCAGAGCGGAAGGUGUGCUGAAGGAAUCUUUAGAAAGAUGUUGCAGAAAAGCUAAGAGGUAGAAAAAAAAUGUGCUGCUUGGUAACUCGAAGGGGUCCCGAUGGUGAAAUGAACCCAGAACCAAAUACCCGAUUGCUCGGAGGCCCAGUAAAACCGUGGGCACAGAGUCCCGGUCACUUGCUCAUGUGGCGGCCAAUGUCACCGCUGCUGGUCGAUGCUGGUGGCAUGGUGGGACAUGGGUGCCAUGCAGCGGCAUGCACCCCGGGUGUUGGGCCGUCGCGUGACCGACGGAAGUGGUCAUGCUCGAACGCAGCCUUCACGUUCAUACGUGCACUUUUGUGUUGGUAUAACGUUUGUUUACAUCCAUACAUGCUAUUGCUACGCCUGUACAUUGACAUGCGCGUCAGCAUCGUGUCAGUAGAUGUUUACCUGCAGGAUAAGUAGAAACUGUGUAAACUUUGACCACUGUUCUGUGUUUUUUGGCAGACAUAACGUAUUGCACAAUGACAGCAGGUUUUUGCAACCUGUCCUUUUAAAGUGUGUUUUUAUUUCACAGAGCCCCAUGUUUGCAAGUUGUGGUGUGUCAUACACAAUUAUUAUUUACAUUGUACUGCUUGCAUUUGCACCGAGUGAACAUGAAACAUUACCAAGAGAAAUUGAUAAUUUACCAUAAUUACUGUAUUGGUAAACAUAACAUGUAAUGCUCACGUAAAUAUUGAUUUGCGUAGGCCUUAGCAGGACCCUCGGUCUAUAACUGACAGCAAGUAUAGUCCCUGGGUGUCUACCAGGUCAGGGUUGAGAGUUUCCUCUCUGAAAGGCCGUUCACCCACGCCUCCCACUUUACGUACCAAAUCAAACGUGAAAAUAGAUCCCAGCACAGGUGUAUUUUUACAGUGUGGUUUUCAGGGGUAUAUUUCUCCCACAUUAUUAUCAUCUAUCCGCCCACCUUGGUAAUCCUCUUCUACAGCAUUAUCAAGGAUUUACAAUUGAACUCUUCCCACCACCCAGUGCUGUGAUGCUGACAUUGUGUAGCUUUUUUAUGCCUACACAAAUCCAUCUGCUACAUGAGAACCAAUUCUGAAAGUCGUGUGUGACCAUGCAGCCCAGCAGCUGUAACUGGCUGUCUGGAAUGCCUACCAAAGCCAAUGAGAGGUGUCACCGCUGCUGCUCCUGGACUACGGAGCAGAGGGCAGCCCAGCCUCCCUUGCUUAAGCCGCUUUAGCAGUCGCUAAGACGUUGAUCCGAGCGUGCGACAACGCCCAGGUGGCUACUCCUCCAAACCCUCCUGCAUUGGCACUCUCAGGAGGGCGGAGCCUACGCGGUCUCCACGACUAUAGUGGACUGCGCCAAAAAAUAUAUAUCUGGGUUGGGACGACUCCCAGCGUGUUCACGACACACAGCAAUGCACGAAUUCUGUCAGUCGGCCAACGACAGAGCGCCGACUCGUCCAUGCACGUCGCGCGUGUUAUUUUUUCUGGUGCAGCCUCAUCAGCCACUUGUACACCCAGGUCUGGGUGGAGCAGGGAUGUCACACAGUGGUCCCUAACCCAUGCAAUUGUUACAGACCACAUCGGUCUGCAGGGUCCAGCUGCAGGAGGCAGAUCCUCUCGAUACAGCAUCGACGAUGUGUGACGAGGGGGGAGUGGUUUGAGAAAUGUGACGUCACAUCAAAAUGCGCAACUUUAAAUAUAGAC